UGCACCAGAGAGCGGAUACCUCUGCAGACGGGCUGCCCUCCCAGCCGGUCUCAACACCUCCCUGUGAUAUGAACACUUUGACAACAGCUAAUGACUGUGACUGCUGGCCUCAACCCAGCAUGGUAAUAUCGGUUCACCCUCCAGUAUCUUCAGUGGGCAGUCAGUGAGGAACCGUCAACACUAUGCGAUGUGCGUGAGGGAUGAGUGGCGGUUGUGGCCCCAGGCGGGAUGCUGCUGACGGCCGGUCAGUAUGACUCUGCUGGACCUGUGGCUGUCACGCUCCCUCCCCAUGUGCCUGCUCCUUCAGAGCCUUGUCCUCAUGGCCUUGUGCUUCCCCUCGGCCAGCAUGUGUCCAAAGGGCUGCAUCUGCCAACGUGACCCCCACCUCCACGGCAUCAACGUUACCUGCAGUCAGUCCCGCCUCAAAGAGAUCCCCCCCAGCCUCCCGGUUGACACUGUCCUGUUGAGGCUGGAUCACAACCAGAUCGGAGCCGUGCCCGAUCAAACCUUCCACGGACUUCGGCUUUUGAGGGAGCUUAACCUUUCCUACAACGCUGUGGAGACUUUAGGGGAAGCAGCCUUCAGUGGCAUAGAGGCGACUUUACAGGUGCUGGACCUCUCCCACAACCGUAUCACAAGCGUACACAAGGAUGCUUUCGCUCGGCUCAAGGCCCGCGUCAUCGUGGACGACAACCCGUGGCAUUGUGACUGUGCUCUCCAGCAGGCCAUCAGCGGAAUGGCCCACAACCACGAUGCCGCCGCCCGCGUGCUCUGCAGGAGCUCAGAGGUUCAUGACCAGGAGGGAAGACCUUUCUUGGCAGUGGACACUGACCUCUGCAACCUGGCCAAAAGGACCACAGACUACGCCAUGUUGGUGACCAUGUUUGGCUGGUUUGCCAUGGUCAUUUCAUAUGUGGUGUAUUACGUCCGACAGAACCAGGAGGACGCCCGGCGCCACCUGGAGUACCUCAAAUCUCUCCCGAGCAAGCCCAAGAAACCCGACGAGGCCGACGACAUCAGCACUGUUGUCUGACGGCAGCGUCACAGUGACUGCGUCCACCGCAAACCUAAUGAACACCAAAAUGUUCACGUGACAGGACCCACACUAAUGUUUACUAUUUGUACCACUAGUGAUGUGAGCAUCAAAACUGCAGAUCAAUCUUUGUAUUUUAGACAUUUUGUUGUAUGUCCUUACCAGGGUUUGUUCACGACUGAUCUGAGAUAAGUUGAGAUGGGAGGCCACAGUCUAACAGUCGAAUGCCAACGUUAUCUUUUCUACAGAAAUUGCUUAUGGAGUUUUGAAAAUUUGAAUCUCAGGUUUAAAUAAUGGUUGUUUUUAGAUUAAAAUUUGGAAUAUCUGAUAAAUAGAAAUAUAUUUUUAAGUCGCAACACCCUAUACUCUAUUUCCCAGAGCCCUUAUUUUGGUAUCUCAAAGCCCACGAUAAGGUGUACGUUGAGUUUUGUAAACACUUGCUGAAACAAUUGCAUCUUUCAUGCACCUUUAAAAUUAAAUCUAAAUUACAAUAUCCACACAGAAACUUCAGCAUUUCUGAACCCAUGGUAUUUGAUCUAUACAUUGUGUAAUACUAUUACAGCUUUGGUGACCUGUCUUUGAUACAGACAAAUCACAUUUAAGCCCGAAUACAGACAAGUAGUCAAGAUUCCACUGAAAUAUCUUGUGAAUGAUCUCACACUGUGGCUAAGGAGAAUACUGGGUGCUAUGGAAGCUUAUUUUUCCAAGUAAGGAAACUAGUAAAAUGUUAAGAAGGAAUUAAAAAUAAAAAUGCUCACUUAAAAUGAUGUGAUAGUACGUAAACAUUUUGACUUUCUACGUGAAAUUCGUGAGAUACUAAAUCAAGAUUUUGUCUUUGUUUGUUAUGAGAUACAAACUCGAGUAUCAUAUAUUAAAUUACUUAAAGUGCUUUACUUUUUAAGUCAAAACUAAGAGCUGGUAAGUCACAGUGGUCGCUAGCUUCUUUAGCUAACCUGUCAGUUACUCGUUGUAUCACCAUGAACGAGGCUAAUUUAGCUUAGCACCAGUGGUCUUCUUAUCACAGUUCAGGGCUGCAGUUCUGGCUUCUGGCCAAAACCACCCUGAUAUGUGGAAAACUGCAGUUGUUAAAACUGUAGGCUGUAGCUCACAGACAAGACUCUUUCAUAUUAUAUUAAAAUAAGAAAAGAAGGAAGGAAGGAAGGAAGGAAGGAAGGAAGGAAGGAAGACAUUAUAGCCACACAACAAACCAUAACAUCCAUUCCAACUGUGAAGGAAUCAGGGCUGCCCCCAACCAAAGUUUCUCCUAGUCGACUGGUAGUCGUCAGUUCAGGCGAUUAGCUGACUAGUCGUUGCACGUUUAUGAUAUUAAUUUAAUUACUUAAAUUAGUAUUUUUUGGGGGGAGCAUCAGAAAGUGGUUUGAGUCCAGGGCUGAGAAAGAAUAUAAGUAACACGGCUAACGGCGUGCUACAGUACAGAGAAAUACAAAGCCGUGAUAAUGAGCCACGGUAAUGAUUCUGAAAGUGUCGUAACAACCAGCAAGGAGAGUGUUAGCAUUAGCGUCCAUGCUAAGUUGCUAACUUUAAGCUACUUACAUGUUUCAAAUGACAAGCGCUGUUUUAGGUCAAUGAAUGAGAGGCGAAUGUUUGUCUGCAGAGUUUGCGUCACCUUAGCUGCGGUCGUUCCUUUAGCCGCUUGAAGCGUUGGAGUUCCUGUUCUGUGUUCACAGGUUGUUUUGAUAUUUCAGUUGCCGUAAGACAGGAAUGUUGUCUCGCUUGUCACACGUGUGUUAGUAAAAAUAAAGUUGUUGCUGCUAUUUAUUGUACUACAUCUCUUAAGUCGCAUUUAUUAUUUCAUUACUGAAUCUUCCAGUUAGUCAAACCCAAGAGUCUCAGUUAGAGACCCGUCGUGUAAAUGACGUCUGUCCGUGACUGACUGAGUGACUUCCUGUCAAGUUGUUUUUUUUUGUCCUGUGACCAACUGACCAAUCAAAAUUUGGUCGACUUAGACCGUCUCAGUCAUUAGCGUUUGGUAUUUGUGGGCAGCCCUAGAAAUUAUAUAUAAUUUAAAUUUCCCAACGGUAUUUGUGUUGUAGUGGAGCCAGUGACCCCAGUUGUAGCAGAGCCACGAAAAGUACAGAACAUUAAACUUUUUGAAACAUAUGAAAUAUGAAAAAAUCUUCACAAGAUCAAGAUCCAUAAUGUUUAAACGCAAAUGUUCAUUGAUAUAUAACUAGAAUGGCGUCCAGUAGAGUGUACACCUCCAAACAGUCCCACACAUGUCUAUUAGAUCUGGAUUAUUAUCUGGAUCUUCACCAACUUGUACAAACUCAUAGAUCUCAACCUAAACAUUUACAUCACAAUAUAAACAUUAUUUCCUGAGAUAUUGACGAAAAUGUCAAAAAAAAGGCCUCCUCUCGCAAUGUUAUGGAAAGUCAUAAAAUAAAUAAAUCCUGGAUCCACCCCUUUUAACCCGACCCUCACCGAAAUGUAACGGCCCAUGCCCAUCACCAUCUCCACUAGGUUUGGGUGCAAAUGGGUUCAGUUCUUCUUGUGUAAUCCUGCUGAUAAACAACUGAACAAUAACAGUCAAAAAAUUGUCAUUCAUGAAUAAAUCUGGAUGUAACGAUGAUGAGAAAUGUAAUGGAACCAUCCUGAAAAUAUCUAGUUAUAAUGUGAAAAAAUUCUCCUUAUAAUGAGAA